AUGGCUCAGGAGGUCUCGGAGGCGCCGGUCGCCAGCAACACCACGUCCCCCGGCCCGAACUGGUGGGACGUCCAUAUCCACGCCGUCCCCUCCUCCGCCGCUGCCUCCUGGAGCCAAUCCAUGAACCCAUGGCAAUCACAAAACCCCAACUCCGCCUCCUCCUGCGAAGAGGACAUAGCCAUCUCCGCCACCUCCUUCACCAACGCCUCCAGCCACUCCGCCCUGACGGCGGACACCGCCGCCACGGAGCUGCCGGGGGAGCACGUUGAGCAUCACAUCUGGAGACAGGUUUUACUGUGAGUUCUACUGAAAAGAGAUGAUUUCAGAUUUGUUGGUAACUAGACCAUGAACGAUAUGGAUGAGUGGGGAAGGAAUCUGAUGGAAAAUUCAAAGCCAGGAAAUAGUUUCUCUCUCUCUCUCUCCCUCUCAUCAUUUGACGUAAUAACUGGCAGAGGGGUUCUUUUUUCGGUUUCUUUAGAUUUUCGAAUCAAUUCAUCUAAAGGCUACGCCUUCCUAUAUGUUUUGGGAAUCUUCCCGAGCUUGAUUGAUUCUUCCUCGUCUCAAAGUCAGUCAUCUGUUCUUUCGCUGCCUUUACUUUCAGUAUGAUAAUCAUAACGACGAGAUCAUCUUCUGAUUGUAUGAAUAAGAACAGCGAUAAAUCCAAAUAACUAAUGAACCCAUACGAUCAAAUGGACUAGUUCUCUUCCCUUCCCAGUUCUUCAAAGAUUAUAUCUAGGGUUUGAAUUCUGCAGGGGCGUAGGAAGCUUGGCGGACUUGCGUGGUACAGACGAUAGCGGGGAGAACUUCAUGGAGGUGCUCUCCUCCAAGAACCUACCUUCAGAGAUUCCUGAACCAGCUUUCAACUACUUGAAGAAGCUGGACAACAGCAGCUGGGGGGGUUUCACGAGCCCUACUCCAUUCAACAAUAUGGGAAAGCACCCGACUGUCAUCAAUGGGCGCUACAUGGAGCACGAGAGACUCACCAACCUAUCAGACCUGGUGACCAACUGGUCCAUUGCCCCACCAGACCCACACGGCAUCCGUCAGAUGAGCUCCCCGAUCGCCUGCACGAGUUCUCUCAGCACACUGAUGGGCCGCUACGUCGAGCCCACCUUCUGUAACCUCAAACAAGGGACUCCAACCUUAUCCUCGGAGCCUUCUCUGCUGAGGUCUAUCGGAGGUCUCAGUACCAUGCACCAGCUUGGCUUCAGCAGCCCUCCUGUGUGUGUUAGCAGGUACGAGAGUGCCGCGACCCCGGAGGGUCCAUGGUCCACAACGAGGAACUUCUCCGACCUCGUCUCCUUUGGAAGCUGCCCUAGCAAGCCUCUAAUUGAUUUUAGAGGCCCCAAAUCCAGCACGAAGAGCUCGGAUUCUGCUGACAGCAGGAAGCAGGGACAGGAGAUUGCUCCAUCUGUAAGGCCGAUAAGCCCUUGAGACUCCUUUGAUCUGAUCUUUUCAUAUCUAGGUCGGAGAUGACCUUUGUUUGGUGCAGAUAAGAGGCAGUGGGAGUCAGCCGAGCGUAUCGAGCGAGGGGAAGAAGAAGAGAUCUGAGGAUAACGCUGAAAGUCGACUCAAAAAGUCAAAGAGCGACAACUCCACGUCGCCCUCAGCCAAGGUCUUAUCUGAAACACAAACCAAGAGAAUAUAUGAAUAUGUAGAUAUUUGAUGGGAAACUGUGUAUAUGUCGAUAGCAGUCGCAGGUACCUAAGGUAAAGCUAGCGGAGAGGAUCACCGCGCUUCAGCAGAUCGUCUCACCCUUUGGGAAGGUAGACUCACUGCUACAGCUUCUUCAUUAGCGAGAGCUUCGAUCAUGACCUGCUUGAGGUUUUUACUACCAGACUGAUACUGCAUCCGUGUUGCUGGAGACGAUCAACUUCAUCAAAUACCUCCACGAGCAAGUUCAGGUAAUUUCUCCUGCGAUAUCAUUAAAGUGACAAUUGUGUAUGAUGUUAGAUAUAUACAUGUGCAGGCCUAAACAAGGGGAGUAGGCAAAUGAAGAUUUCUCUCUCUCUCUCUCUCUCUCUCUCUCUCUCUCUCUCUCUCUCUCUCUCUCUCUCUCUCUCUCUCUCUCUCUCUCUCACUCUCACUCUCACUCUCACUCUCACUCUCACUCUCACAUAUAUACAUAUAAUAUAUAUAUAUGUAUCUAUCUAUCUCUACUCAACUCAACUCUGGUAUUUACAACUAGAGACGUCCCAGUAGAUAGAAUAACUUCGAUCUAAUCAUUAUGCAUCUGUAUUUAGUUUGAUGAGCUAAUUUCUGAUCUAAUAUCACAAUCCAGCGCAGUCUCUAACUAGAUCAGACAGUUUUAGAAUGUCAUUUAACCCACAUCAUCCAAAAUUACCGUGUCAUUUAACUACAUCAUACCGCUCAUACAGCCACACUUGGUACCUUCAACUAAACACUGCAUGAACACCGAAUACCGAUCAACCGCCAAACGAUGUGAUCUGAGGAUUUCCCCAAAAGCCCCAUUUGCACAAACCCCCGCAUGCACCCGAGAAAAUUGCCCGAAAGUCAACGUUUGGAGGAGGCGGUAAUCACCCCAUGAUUCCCCUACGUAGAGAACGAGCACCCCCGCCCUGAAGAACAGACGGAGAGAAUGGAAGCCCUCGCUUCAUCUUCCUCUUGGCUGCCGUAAUGAUCUCCUCUCUUCCACUGCAGCUCCUCAGCGAUCCCUACAUGAAAUCAGGCUUCAGCAAGGUACGCUCAUACUUGUCCUCCUCCCCAUCUACUACGACGAAUUUCUUCUAUUCACAGAAAGCAUUAACGGUAGCCAUGGACGGGCUCCCGGGGCUCUCCCGUGUUCCGCAGGAUCACAGCUCGUGGGGGGGCGCAGAGAGGAAGGAGAAGCAGGAACCUGAGGUUGACCUGAAGAGUCGGGGCCUCUGCCUCGUCCCCGUCGCCUGCACUCCUCAGAUGUACCGCGAGAACAACGGACCGGACUACUGGACGCCCACCUACAGAGGGUGCCUGUACAGAUAA